AUGUCUCUAAAUACAACGAUGCCAUAUUAUCGUAAUACAUCAAGAGAAAUCAAAACCGUCAGGAAAUUAUACAAGCUGAAGCAAUUAAAAGUGCCAGAAUAUUAAGUCGAGAUAAAGUAAAAGUAAAACAAAAUACAUCAUUUGGGGAUUGUAAAAUUAUAUGCUUAAUUAUAAGUAAAUCGAAGUAAAAGAAAAAGCAACAACUCAUUUUAUGAUAAUCGAAAUGUUUCUUAGAAUGAAAAUACAAAUAUACUGUAGAGCUAUUUAGCAAAUGCAUUCUAAGAGAAAAAAGAGAAUUUGUAAAAAAUAUAGAUGCAAGAAAUCGCUAAUAAAAAUAAAUUAGAAGAGAAUAAAUAAAAAGAGAUUAAAUAUUUAAUGCGAAUUGCAGCCUUGGAAAAGGAAUCAUCAAAAUUAACUGAAAUGGUAUCAAAAUUAAAGAAAGAAAAUUCAUCACUAAAAUAAUCAAGUAAUGCAGAAUCUAUAAUCUUGUAAUUAUAGGAAGCUUUAAAUUAAUAAAGAGUUGAAAAUCAAUUACUUAAAAAAUAAAUAACCAACCUCUAAAAUACUCAUAAUAGUUUUAAUAAUAGUAUGCAAAAGAGAUCAGAGGUUUAAAAGAGUAUUACACUGAAUACAACAAACACAGUUAAUACAGCAAAUACAACAACUAAUACUUUUAAUGAUAUUGUAAAAUCUAAAGAGUAUGUACCCAGUUAUUUACUUGCUUUAAGUUUAGCUGAAUGA